AUCCAGCUGUAGUUAUUAUUGAAGGCAUCAACUGGUAUCUAACAUCUUGUUGCACGUUAAUUGUGGCACUGUGAACGAGCAUCCUACACUCCAGGACUUCCAGGGAUGGCGCGCUCGCGCACAGCGGAACGUAGGCGGGGUAGAUACUCAUCUCCAUCACCGACAAUGUCGCAGGACAACCGCCGGUCACACAGAGGACGCUCAAGAUCUCCACCCAAGGAGAGAUCAAGAUCAAGAUCCAGAUCACGAAGAAGACGAAGAGCGGCAUCUGAGUCACCAAAGAGAUACGCAAGACCUCAAUGGGAGAUCAGAAGAAACGAUUUUCCCCCACCGGAAAAUCGAGCUUGGUUCACGACCGAUCUUAAGGAGGAGAUUUUUGCACUAAGGAGGGACUAUGACAAGAUAUGCAAGACAAACGAGCUGCUGCUGACGAAGAUUGAGGACUUGACAAAGGUGGUACAGGAGCUGAAGAAGACGAAAGAUGGCGAGGGUGAUAACAAGAUAGAAAAAGGGAAGAGAACGACCGAGAAGGUGAACGCAAAGGAGGAUGGACGUAUAUCACCAGCACAAGUACAAACGAUGAUUGACAAAACACUUGAGACAGCAAUUCCGAAAGCAGCAAGAGCAGGGACCAGUCAACAAACACAGAACGUCAAUACUACGAAUGGAAGCGCUCAAGUAAGAAACCAAGAAAGGAUGGAGAAGCUAGUCUCGGAGAUGCGGAAGGAGGUGGACGAGAUGAAGCUGAUGAAAUAUGAAAUGGCUGCAGUGAAGGGAGCACUACACAAGAUCAACGAGCCUGCAAGAACACGCACUCCACACGUCUCAUCAACAGUGCAGCAAACAAUGUUUCGUGGAGUGGAUAUGGUCGGCCCAGGAUCAGUUGGGAGAGCACAACGUACGACAUCGAUGGGAAAUCCAAGUGGACAUCUGGGAGCUUACACGAUCAGGAUCCCAGCAACAAGACGACCCAGCUACAGUGCACCAAGCCGACCAUUCCCACCACCACCAACGAGAAGGAGGACAAAGGUGAGAAGGAGAAUCAGCAAGAACAAGAGAAGAAUGAAGCGGGAUGUGAAUUUCGGCAUCUUACCAGUGACUUACACACAACUGGUGAGAACGCACUACACAGAUCUAAAAGAUCUGUGCAAGAUGCACAACAUCAGGUAUAAGGACAAACCACAAGCUAUAGCAGCAUUGCAUAGAGUCCCAGGACUGGUCAAGUAUCAAGGACGGGACUUCGUUCAUGACUCAGCCAAGGAAACUCAGAUAGAACCAGAGAAUCAACGUAUGGACAUAUCAAGCACGAAAGAUGAAAGUUAUGAAGAAGUUGAGAGUGACGAGGAGAAGGAGGAGGGAGAAGAUGAAGAUGAUGAUUCAGAAUCAAGUGAAGAGGAGGACUUAUCAUCAACUUCAUCAAGCUCCCAAGACAUCCAGGGAAGGUAGAUGUGCCAGGGCCGAAGGAUGACCUUACUACGGACGAGAAAUGGGAACACAUACACAGACUAGCAUCAAAGGUGAAUACGUUAGUAAACACGGGCAAGAUGA